CUUGUGAAUUGCAAAAUUAAAAGGGAUUUUUCAGCAGUGAAAUUGCAACUUUCCGCCGCGCAAAUACACGCAAAACCUCAAUAGAACCUUCAUGACACGCAAUACGGUGAAAUUUUGGUGAAACACGUGUGAUUAAUAGCAAAUUUGGGUGCUUUUUCCAUUCUGUGCUUCGCGAUUACGUAAAGAGCAUUCCAAUGGGUUAGCGUCACCCAAAGGCGAGUUUCACCACGCAAAAGACGCUUUUCUGCACAAUUUCUCUAUCCGGAAAGGCUCAUGAGAAGACAGAAAGAUGCUAAGGGACCUCAUAGCGUGGGUGCUAAACAACUACUUGGGAAAAUAUGUGGGAAAUCUCAAUACAGCUUCACUCACAAUCGCUCUUCUCUCAGGCGAGGUGGAGCUGGAGAACUUGCCGCUGCGUCGCGACGCACUGCGAAACCUGGGUCUGCCGCUGCAGGCAUUGAGCGGCAGUGUGGGCAAGAUCAAGCUGCAGGUGCCGGUGCGGCAGUUCUGGACGGCGCCGUGGUGCAUCUACAUCGAGAAGGUGAACGUGGUCGUAGGCCCGGUGAACCUGGACGAGUGGGACGCCGAAGCGGAGGAGCAAGCGGAUUUUGACUUCAAAGUGGGCCGCCUGGACCGGCUGGAGGCGAAGUGGCGCGCGGCCAGGGAGGCGUCAAUUGAGGGCGGAUACUAUGCGUCCUCGUACUCAGGCUGGAUGAACUUCGGCACGUCGCUGGUGACGAACAUCGUGGAGAAUCUGCAGCUGAAGAUCAGCGAUGUUCACGUGCGCUAUGAGGAUUCGAUUACUGUGCCUAAUCAGAGAUUCGCCUGCGGCGUCACGGUGGAGUGGCUGGCGGCGCAGAGCUGCGACAGCAACUGGCUGCCGGGAUUCACGAGUAGUCAGAACGCGGCGUCGUUCAAGCUGCUAGAGCUGCAAUCGCUGUCCUUCUACUGGGACAAGCUGAGCGGCGAAGAGGUGUUUGGCGAGGUGGCGUCCAGUGAUCUGGCCGGGGCCAUGGAGAAGGCCAAGAUCAGCCAUCAGUUCAUCGUGAGUCCCGUGAGUGCGCAGGCGAAGCUGAAGCGCGACCGCAGCGAAACGCCCCUGCGGACAAGGAGUCGUCCACGACUCGUGUGCGAUCUGGUGCUGGAGGAGGUGUCGCUGUCAUUGGCCGAUUGGCAGUACAAUCAAAUGGUGGAGUGCAUCCGAGGGUUGGAUGAUAUCGCCAAGUUCAGGAGAUUUCAUCUACUGCGACCGAGUCAUACCAUCCGCGAGGGCGUCAAGGAUUGGUGGCUCUACGCGGCGAGAUGUCAUGGCUUGCUAAAGAGCGCCAAUUGCUUCCGCCCAGGAUAUGUGAAGGAAAAUUUGCGAUACAUAGAGAUUUAUUUGAAAUUGAUCAGAAAUCCCAAUGAAGUGUUGACGUCAGAAGAAAAGGAACAUAAGGACAACGUGGAGAAGAGCAGAGAGUAUGAAGAGUUGAAGAAUUUGAGGGAGAUUUGCAUGACUAGAGUUCCAAAUCCGGAUGUCAAGGCGCCAAAAGAUCCCAAUCAUGGACGAAGUAUGCUGCAUUUUUGGUUUCCUCAGUGGCUCGGAUGGUACAAUAAUGGCGCGAGUGACACAAAAACGCCCAGUGACGAUGCUCCACCCGAUUCCAGUCAGACGGCGAAGGAUCAGCUGGAGGAUGAGAUCCUGAAUGGACUGUCGACGGGCGUGGACACAAAUUCUGUCCUGAAGCGAGACGCUGUGUUUGGGAAGUUUGACUUCACGCUGAAGAAGGGAACGCUGGACAUCUGCAGUGGAUCUCCAGGGUGUGAGAGCAAACCGAUGGUGCAAUUUCUGUUUGAGAACUUAAUUCUGUUCGUGGAGUCUCGACCCAGAUCGGCGUCACAUCUUGUCGGACUGUCGCUGGGUUCUGUGCUGCUGAAGGACAGAAUCACGAUCAACACGGAGUUUCCGGACGUGAUCAGGCCACAAGUGAAGGAGGAGUCGUCGCUGAAGCGACAGCAGAAGCGAACACUGUCGAACAUCUUCAGCAGCACAGCUCAGCCACAACAGCAGCCAGCGGAGCCGCUCUUUGUGCUGCAAUACGAAAGGAAGCCACUGAGCUACUCCGCUGAUUACAGGCUCUUCGUGAAGUCUCAGUCGCUGGAUGUGGUGUACAACACGGGCGUGGUGAAGUGGAUUGUGGACUUUGUGGCAAAACCACAUCAAAUGCUGGGCGCUCGACGAAAGCUGGAGGCGAUGAAGAAUCGCACGAAGAAGGAGUUGAUUAAGAACUGGGAGAAUAUUUUGGAAGGUGAUUUGAAGAAGCGCAAGACGUGGAUUUUUGAGAUUGACAUCUCGGCGCCACAAAUUAUCGUGGUGGAAAAUUUCAGCAAUAAGAAUGGCACGAUUGUUGUGGUGGAUUUCGGUCGACUGCAACUCACGAAUCGUCCGGGUCAGACGAAGGAGUCGCGCAGUCAGUCCAUGGCCGAGACGGUGUCUUCGGAUCUCGGUCACAGGGACAGUGAGGAUGAGGACGCCUUCAUGACGCCCUGCUCCACGCCGCCAGGCUCUCAAUGCAGCACCACAGACUCGCCGACGCUCGUUUCUGCCCUGGGCGAGGUGCCGAACGCCAGCAGCAGUGUGUCGCUGGACGUGGGCUUCAACGAAGGCGAACUGCAGAACAGGAUCUACGAUAAGUACAACAUAGACUUCACGGAUCUGCAAGUGCUGGUGUGCAAGAGUAGCGAUGGCUGGGCGUACGCCAGUGGCAAGGGAACGUCCAAUUUGCACGUGCUUGAUCGCUUCAGCAUUGCUCUGCAGCUGGAGCGCAGAGUUGUGUACACUGCGGAUCCGCAGUAUCCCAGCCUGAAGGUGUCAGGAAGUCUGCCGAAGCUUGUGGUGCAUGUGAAUGAGGCGAAGAUUGUGGCUGUGAGGAAUAUGCUGAGCAUCAUCCACGGAGACGCAACUGCGUCGCCAACCGCCACUCCGACGGAGAAUCUCACUCUAGUGCCUGAGGAAGUGUCAUCGGACACAUCGACAGACGAGGAGGAUAGUCAGCGUGAGGCCACAAAGCUGAUCGUCCUGCAAUUUGCCAUUGAUCAAAUGGUGCUUGAAGUGCAGUCGCACGGUCGCGGAAUUGCCGAGUUGCAAGUGUCUGGCGUGAAGGCGGGCUUCAGCAAGAGGGCAGCAGACACAAACAUCACUCUUUCUGUCCACGGAUUGCUUCUGGUGGAUGCAAUUCAGUCCUUUGGUCCGGACUUUGAGCUGCUGAUGGCCAGUCAUCGGCAUGUGGGAAUUGACAGUGUCUCCGGGAGUCUGAAGCAGAGUGAACCGUGCUCACCAAUGUCUCCAGGAUCACCAGAUCCUUCUCAGGAUCCCAAGAGACCUACAAGUCCUCACACGAUCUCCAAAGCGCUGAAUUCACUCCAGAGAGCCAAUUCUUCUGUUUGGUCUGCUGCUGAUGACCUAGACGCUCUUAUUGUUGUGGACAUUCUCUUCGUGAACUCUGCUGAUGACUCUGAACAGCUCCAGAUCGCCAAUAUUCAGUUCAACAAUCUUGAUAUUAUAGCUAAUCAAGAGACAAUUGUGGAGUUGAUUGGAUUCUUCAAGGGCGUCAUGCCGAAGAGUCCUACGAAGGCGUCAUCUGGACUGGAUGAAGUGAUUCCCAGUGAGAACGCAGCCAAGGCGGAGGCGACAGAGGCGCAGAUGAGGAGCAUCCGAACGGAGAUCACUUUUGACUUUCAUCGACUGAAUGUGCUCGUGUUGCGCGCGCUGCUGAGGGACAAUUACAUGGUUGGACGCAAAGUGGGCACGUUCACGAUGAGUGAGGCGCGGAUUCAUGCCACACUAGGCAGGACUGUGACUGUGGAGGGAUCCCUGGGUGGUCUGCAGGUGUUGGAUCUCACGCCUGAGGGUGUGAAUCAUCAGAGGAUUCUGUCGGUGGGCAAGGAUCCCCUGACAGAGGGCGACGCGGCGCGGAAGGACCUAAUGAGUGCGCUGUCUGAGGAGGUGUAUGCCAUGGGCAGGGGUGAGAAGCAGGAGGAGGAGAAGCAGCGAGAGGACACCCAAGCGCUGUCCUUUGUCGUGUACAGAGACGAGAGUGCUUGUGUCCAGAUCAAGAUCCGGAUGGCGUCCGUGUGGUACACGCACUGUGCGCGAUUUAUGCAGGAGUUGAGCUGGUGUGCCACGGAAUUCAAGCACUAUCUGAAGAAUCUGGCCAGGAGCAUCCGCGAGAAGGCCACCGACAUGGCGCUGGGAUUGGUGCAGCAGAUUGAUCAGGGUGAGAAGUCGCUGAAGAGUGCCAAGGAUGUGGACAUUAAGCUGGACGUGGUACUGGACACACCAGUGCUGGUGAUGCCGAGAUCAAGCUGCAGUCCUCAGGUGUUUGUGGCGCAUCUCGGGAAGAUCUCUGUGAACAAUGUGCAGAAGAGUGGCGCUGAGACAAAGUCGGAGUUGCUGAAGAAUGACAGUGCGAUCUUCACGAUCAGUGAGGAGAUUGAUGAGACUGAGCAGUUCAAUUUUGAUGACAACACCUUCCGGAUGGAUGACGUGGAGGGGGAGGAGGCGCCCGUGAGGCAGGAGUGCGCGAGGGAUGACAGGAAUACGUAUGUGAUAGACAUUAGGAAUAUGAAUCUCUUCUCGCUGGACACGCACAACAGGAAGAAGUCGCUGUGUCAGAUGAACAGGGCGCUGCCCAGGGCAGAGGAGUUCUACUCAUGUCAGGAGGAUGGUGUGGCGAUUCUCCACGACACGGCCAUUCGGCUGGACAUCACGAAAGUCACGGAGAGUUGGACGGAGAAGACGCUAAAGGGUCAGACGGACCAUUGUGACACGCUGGCGAUCAAUGGCAGUGUGGUGAAGCCACUGCAUCUCUCACUCACGCGUCAUCAGUACGAGCAGCUGCUGGAGACGUUCGAUAACAUCUUCAAGGUGCCAGCGGAGUUGGUCAGACCGCCAACCGGCGUGCCUGAGCGCGAGGAGGAUCUCGAGGUGGAUGGGGAACAGGAGGAGGGCCCCAAGAUCACUAGGAGACUCUUCAAUCAGCCCAGCUUGAGCGACAGGAGGAACCAGAUUGAGCCUAGAGUGUCCUUUGAACUGCCGACGUUUGUCAUUCAGUUGAAGAAUGACUGCAAUCGGCCGUUGAUUGAGAUCUCCUUCAGGGACUUCAAUGUUCAGUACGAGAGGAACAGCCAAUACGAGACUAGCAUUCAAGUUUCGCUGAGAUCACUCCUCAUGGAGGAUCUCUUGCAGCCGAUCGACAGCAAGAAUCGCACGAUGGUCAUCUCAUCGUCGCCGGACAUGCAGAAUUUGCGACCGGGAAGUGCUUUCUCGUCCAGAUCGUGUCCUAAUUUGGCAGGACUGGCCAUUUAUGGGGCGGAUGUGACUGGUUCCUUGCCGGAGAAUCUAGAGGGACGCGCUGGAUUCUCGGCCAUGCUGCAGCCCAGCAAAUCUCACUGUCCACAAACGCCACCGCCUUCGCCACAGCCGAGAGACAGGCAGGACAAUCUGGUGAUCUACUCGUCGCUGCUCGUGGAUCCGGAGUGUCCCAACUUCACCACGCAGUACAACUCUUUGCGCCAAUCCAGCUCGAUAGACUUCAACAGUUUGGAUCUGGUCAUCUCUGUGCAGAGUUGGUACAUGCUGCUGAAUUUCUUCGGGCUGCUUCAGGAUGACGAUAGCGAUGGAGUGUCGUCCAGUGUCUCCAAUGCUGAUCUGCAGGAGCAAUUGAUCGAACAGGGCAAGAGUUCUGAUGACACUGAGCUCAAUAUCACCGUGAGAUCCUUGACAGUUGUCCUCGUGGCGCCGGAAUAUGAGAUUGCCAAAGCGAAUGUCUCCAAUGCGAAGUUCGUGGUGGCGAAGAGGAACAUCGCAAAGACUGUCGAGGGUCAUCUGGGCUCAAUGAGUCUGUAUGACUUGACGCAGCAUGGCAAAAUCUAUCGUGAGCGCUUCGUGACGAGUGGCAAUGAGGCGCUGAAUUUCACAUAUUUGCGAGAUAAGGUGAAGUGCAAUCAGAGAACGGUGGAUUAUGAUGCGAAGCUGAAGAUUCACAUGGCUUCCGUGAGAUAUGUGCACACGAAGAGGUUCGUGAUGGAGAUUCAGGCGUUCUUUCAGGCCUUCUCGCAGUUGCAGCAGCCGGUGAUGAAGAAGAUUAAGCCAUCGGAAUCCAGGCAGAAUCUGCAUCAGCGCCCAAUACAAUUAGGACUGGAGAUUAAGGCGGAGAGUCCAAUUAUUCUCCUGCCGAUGAGCUCAAAGAGCGGCAAAGUGAUCAUCUCAGACUUGGGUGAAUUCUCACUGAGGAAUGUGUUCAGGUGGUCGACGGACAAGAGUGUGAUCAGUGUGCAGCGAAGGAGUGUCGAUGAGUCCAGCGGCAAGACAUUGAGUGAGAUCUUGGAUGUGAUGUCAGUGAAUUUGGUGAAUACGAAUCUCUUCGCGGGCUCACGAUGGGAGAAGACUGAGGCUGUCCUGCCGGAGGAUCUGUGCCUGGACAUGGGCAGCUAUAGGGUGGUGAAGGAGGGACCGAGUCUGCUGAAGAACAAGUGUCACUUGUCGCUGCAGGUGGAGAGGAAUAUGGACGCGUGGCGCAGUCACAAUGUGCCGGACUUCAGUGUGCAGGGAACGCUGUCAAAGUUGGAGGCUGUGCUGGAUUUGGAGCAGUACAAGUUGGUCAGGGGAUUCUUGUCAUACAAUUUGGGUGAGCCGACUGAUGAUCUGUACCUCGAACCGGCCACCAUUACGGAAUCCCUGAUCAAUCUUACCAGUGACCAUCAUCAUCAGGAGCACAGACAAGUGUGGACAAAUAUGUCCAUCACGCUGGAUUUGCAGGGUGUUCUGGUGAAGCUGCAAAUGCCUCAGAGUCCUAUGCAGAUGAUCAGUGAGAUGGAUAACUUCCUGGCGUGUAUAAAUUUCAUCAAAUCCUCCCUGAAGAUUGACUCAUUCAGCGAUGGAUCGCAGGAUAUUGACUUGGUAUCACAGGAAAUUCUGGUCACGGACUCACGAACACAGUUUACAGCACCGAAGAAUGUGUUCACUAACAUCCUGGCGCCGACCACCAACAGAGUGAACAAGGAUUCCGUGCAGGCGGAAGUGCACAGUCGUCGACGACAGGAUUACUCAAAGUACACAAUUCUGCUGAACAACAUGAGAUUGAUGGCCAUCUUGGACUGGCUGGAGAGCAUCAGAGACUUCCUGUCGCAGUCCGAAGAGGCGCCGAAGGAGUUGAAAGUGAGCGAAAUGAGCAGUCCAGCAGCGCAGAAUCUCGACGAUGCACUGGAAUUGGUGUUAAACAUUACAAAUUCUGAGUUGGUGUUUGUGGAGAACACAGAUCAGUGGGACACAAAUGCUGUUAUCCUGAAGAGUACAACAAUCGUCUCUUUCCGUCCGAGUGAGAUAAGCAAAGUGAUGUCACUUAAUCUGAACAAUUUGGAAGUGUUUUCCUGCACAUUGGACGCUGAAGAGACAACAGCAUUGUCCAUCAUUGAUCCGGUGACGAUCAAUCUGGACAUUCGCAAGGGUGUUCUUGAUUUACAACUGCAGAAGAGACUCUGCAUUCGACUGUCUUAUCACGAUGUGAAGAUGUUCACCAAGAUGCUGCAGAGUUUGCCGAAGCAGACGAAACAGGCGCGAUCGGGGAGGGAAGAGAGUCUGCCGGAUGCGGAUGUGACGGUGAGGAAGCUCACCACGCUGGGCUUCAAGAGGUCAGACUGUGUGCGAGCGCUGGAGAUUUGCUCCAAUCAGCUGGACGAUGCCGCUCUGUGGCUGACACAGAAUGCAGAACCGCAGAAGACACUGGCGAUGCCAUCGCGUGGGCCGCUGGAUAUUCAGGCAGUGGAGAUCAGGGCGACGUGCAUCAGUAUCUGUGUGAUUGACGACUGCAAGGACGCUGAUGUGCCGCUGCUGGAGUUUUCGCUGUCGCAUCUGGACCUGAGGCAGGAGUUGGGAGCGAAUUUCGCCGCGCCGUCGGAACACACGGGCUUCCGCGUGGGUCAUCUGAAGGGUGUAUUCGCCAGUGAUUACUACAACAGGCGGCUGAGCGGCUGGGAGCCGAUCAUUGAGCCGUGGAAGUGUCAGGGCGAGUGGAGCUACAGUCUGGGACAGGUGGGAAGUCAUCGGAAUCGCCUGCAUUUGCAGAUCACGAGUGAGGAUGUGCUGAAGUUCAACAUCACCAACACUAUCAUUGACCUGUAUCAGGUGGUGAAGGACAACUGGACGCAGGACUACUAUGAGGCCAGUGGGAGUGCGAGGAGCGACAAGAGUCCGAGUGGACAUCGCAGGAGGACACCGUUCGUGCCGUUCGCACUGAAGAAUGACACUGGGAUGACGCUGUGGUUCACCACGCUCGUCUCCUCGCCAGAUGGUGUGCCCAGGCGGGAGUUGUUGACCAAGAGUGAGACCAAGUGGCAACUGGUGGCGCCGGGAACGGUGCAGCCCUUCUCGUUUGGGCCGCAAAACAAGUUGCGGCACCACGAUUCGCACAAGCUCAACCUCCAUCAGGUGGGCGUGAGGGUGGAGGGAUGGUCAGAGGUUGGGCCGGUGUCGGUGGACAGAGUUGGGACGUACUUCCGUCAUGCCAGGCACGAGAUUGUCUCGCCAAAUGACUCUGGCGUGGGUUCGAAGGUGCGAAUUGUCUUCUCCGUGACGAUGGAGGGCUCCGCUCAGAAGCUGGUCACUGUGAGAUCUUCGCUGCAAGUGAUCAACCAUCUCAACAAUCCUGCCAUGCUGAAGAUGGAGCAUCUGUAUGGGCCGAAUGUGGAGAAGUGGCCAGAAACGCUGACAGCUAUUGUGGAGCCACAGAAGAUCUAUAGUGUGCCACUGAGUCAUGUGCACGCGUUCAUCUUUCUCAAGCCACUGCCCAGUGUGACUGAGGAUGAGCAGAAGACGACCUACAGGAGCAAUGACUACUGGACGACGCAGGAAACGACGACAGUGGAGUCACGCAGAGGACAUUUCCACCAGUUCUCGGACAAACCCUUUCACUGGAAGGAGUUGCUGGACAAUGUGGAUGUGCAGCAGGAGUUGAGGACGUGCAAGAGCAACAGAGAGAGGUGGUUUCACUUUGUGGUGGCCAUUGAGAGGGAGAAGUAUCCGGUGAAGGAUGGAAACACUCUUCCCGGACACUCUUUCGUCCUGUAUCCGCCCGUGAGACUGCACAAUCUGCUGCCCUGUGAUCUCCUGUGGAGAGUUCCUGGUGGCAGUCAUGGCAGAAUCUCACCGUCAGAGACGGCGGCAAUUCAUGAAGUCGAUUUGUCCUAUCAAGUGGAGCUGACAAUAGCUCUGGACGGUUAUCCUGGGUCGGGAAGCAUUGCCAUUCCGGCAGGUUAUGUGGGCAGCAGUGAGAUGAGACUGAAACUGACGGAUGUUAAUCAGAGGCUGCUCUUUCUGCGCGGCAGUGUUCAAGUGGAGAAAGGUCAGGGAGUUCAGAUAAGCAUCAGUGCUCCCUUCUGGCUCGUCAAUCGCACUGGAUUGCCGCUAGUCUUUCGCCAGGAGAGUGUCAAUCACGAGAGUUCUGGUCAGUUCUCUGAACACGAGCAGGCGCGCCUUGUCUCACCACUGAUGUUCAGCUUCUCGGACUUUGACGCUCCGCCGGCGCUCACAGUGCGUCUGGGCAAGAGAUAUGGCAUGAAUCCCGCCUGGUGUCAACCAUUCAAUCUACACAAGGACACGCUUAACAGGCAACUCAAGUCUGGCGUGUCCAAUGAGACCUUCGUCAUUGGCAUUGACGUGAGGAGAGGCAGAGGAAGAUACGCCAAGACCAGUGUCGUCACCUUCUCGCCGAGGUUUCAGCUGUACAACAGGAGCCGAUACAAGCUGCAGUUCGCGCAGAAAUACUUCGCCACGACGCUGUCGGAUCCUCUGGCCAAGUCCACUUUCAUCGAGGCUGUGCCGGAGUGUCACUUGCCCUUCCACUGGCCACGGCUGGACAAGGAGCAAGAGCUGUGCGUGCGCCUACCGGAUGUCCCAGAUUGCCUGUGGUCAGGAGGAGUGCCCAUUCAGGAGUCGCUCAGUGUCUACAUCAACAUAAGAAAUCUCAAUGGCGAUAUGCACUUCAUUCGACUGGAGAUUGUUCUUCAGGGAGCAACUUACUUCCUUCUCUUUGGCGAUGCUCAGGCUCUGCCGCCGCCCAUCAGGAUUGACAACUUCUCAGAGGUGCCGAUGGAGUUUUAUCAGCCGGGCUGCAAGCAUCGCUGGCGGACAACGGUGAAGGCGCACUCUUCCAUGGCCUACGCUCUGGACGAGCCCACAGGUGUGCCGGCGAUUCAAGUGGAGGCACCCGGCGGAGUGUCUCACGUGUAUCCGCUGAGGGACAUUGAGGUGCCGCACAAUCUGACGUACGAGAACUUCAUCUACAUCGCCUUCAGCGGCACGUUCAAGAGGACGUCUGACGUGGGACUGAUGCAGGAGCCGUGGGAGCACAAUGUCAACAGUCAGCAGCUGGUGCUGGGCGUGAUGGACGGGCGGGUGUUGCUGAUGAAGAAGCGUCCAGGUGACAGGGCGCAGUUGUGGCGCAUGAAUCAGGAUAAGCAGCUGGAACACGAGGGCUCUUCGCCGCCGACUGAGCCGGGCAAGAGGGCGACAGUACUGCAGAGAUUCGUGCUGGAUUUGGACGGACCGCCGCGACCCAUGAGCUAUGUGAAUCUCGUGGUGAGGCCAAUCGAUGUGCGGCGGCGCUCCACGCAGACAUGGCGAUUCACAGAGGAGGGCAGACUGAUGUGUGAGCACUCGAAUAUGUGCGUGCAGCCGAAGAAUGGGCUGUUCGGGCUGAUGCCCAGGGCGGAGGCGGUGCUGGGCAUGAUUGUGUCGGACACGCACGUGAUCACGGAGAGUCUCGUGCCGCUGGAGCAGGCAAUAGAGCGCCAGAAGAUGCGUCCGGGCUCGGGAUGCUUGUCUGUGGUGGUGACAAUGGAUGGGCCGAUCAGGACGGUGAGGAUUAGGGAUGUGAACUCGCGCAGCAACAGCACGCUGGCCAGUGAUCCGGCAUGGAAGCAUGUGUCGCACGUGAUACCGCACUUCAGCAGUGCCUUCAGUGGCACUGACAGUGGCGACAAGACGCCCAUCGAUGAGUUCCAUGUGUACCUGAAGUUGCUGAAAGGCAUUGGAAUCUCUGUGAUCUCACGACAGCCGUGCGAAGAGUUGGCUUACUUCGCACUGGAGAACAUCACACUGGAGGCUGUGGCGACGCCGUCUGUGCGAUCACUCGACCUGAGUGUGGACGAUGUGCAGGUGGACAAUCAACUGCUGGAGACACCGUGUCCAGUUGCGCUGUUCACCAUCAAGCCGGCUUCGACGGAUUCGCCGAAUCGCAACAGAUUGUCAGCACUGCAACUCACGGCGAAGAUGCUGCCCAGUCCCAAUGUCAAUGCCGUGAUCUUUGAGCAUCUGAUCCUCAGUCUCAGGCCAAUGUCGAUCUAUCUGGAGGAGCGACUGAUGCUGCGCCUGGCGGACUUUAUGGGCCUGGGCAGGGCGCAGCCGGACGCCUCGGCGCUGUCCGAUGAGUCAGACUAUGAGGCGCAUCGUGUGGCCACGCAGCUGAUGGCGACGAAUGUGCAGCGAUACUAUUUCGGUGAUCUGCAGAUUGUGGUGAGUCAGAACAGACUGAGUGUGAUCACGGCCAGCAAACUCACGCCCAAGAUGAUGACUACCAAGCGCCACUUGGGAUUGACACUGAUCAAAUUUGAGGAUGCGAUUAUAGAGUUUGAGAAGUUCACGGAUAAGCAUCAUUUUGAGACGCUGGAAGUCUACGUGUCGGCCAUCAAGUCGCACUACAAGAAGGAGCUGAAGUGGCAAGCGGGAUCAAUUCUGGGCAGUGUGGAUUUCCUGGGGAAUCCCCUGGGCUUUGCCAAUGAUGUGUCUGAGGGUGUUUCUGGGCUCAUCUUCGAGGGAUCUGUGAAGAGUUUGGUGAAGAAUGUCACGCAUGGAAUCUCCAAUUCCACCGCCAAGCUGACAGAGACUCUGUCAGAUGGACUGGGCAGGAUUGCGCUGGAUGAGGAGGACACAGAGGCGCGCCAGCGCAUCUUGAACGCCACAACAACCACCAAUUCCACGGAUCACCUCGUGGCGGGACUGAAGGGACUGGGCUUUGGCCUCUUGGGCGGUGUCACGAGCAUCGUCAAGCACACGUACACGGGCGUGCAGGCGGAUGGCUUUCAGGGGCUCAUAGCGGGCUUCGGCAUGGGUCUGGUCGGCACGGUGACGAAGCCGGUGAUUGGAAUGCUGGAUCUGGCGUCGGAGACGGCGAAUGCUGUGCGGGAGACGAGCAAGAGCUCCAAUCGGCAGAUGCCGGACCGCAAGAGACUGCCGAGGUGUGUGACAGGAGCGCCGGGUAGUCUCCUGCCGCCGUACUCUUACACGCAGGGCAAAGGCCAGAACAUCCUGUACACGCUGAACAAGAGGGACUUCUCCGAGCAGCUCAUGGCGUACGAGCCGUGUCUCUUCGAUGCCGAUGACUCAAAGCUGGAACUCUUGGUGUCCACGGAGAAUGUUUGGGUGUUCUCCAAGACAGAUGACACCACGGCCAUCAUCUUCACCUAUCACUUGAGUGAUCUCCUGUCUUGCCAUCCUGUGUCUGUGAAUGCUGAGGUUGGGCAUCACAAGUCGAAGAAGGUGCAGCAAAAUCACUACAUCGAAUUGGGAUUGACUGUGACAACGAGAAGUCCAACAACAACGUCCGUGCAGGAGAACGUGAAGCGACCGAGAGUUCGAUGCCAGUCUGAAGACAUUGCUCAAAGGGCGUCAAGACAUAUCAACUACGCCAAGGGAAUCUACGAUGAGCGCGAACAAACACUCUAUUCCGAUUCUGUGAUGGACUAAAAGUAACACGAUUCACCAAAAGAUUAUUGAGGAAAACAUAAUGCAAGAUAUAAUAAUAUGUUAAUUUAUUACUACUUAGGGUCCUUUUUUUCUUCAACUUAUUUUGACAUCGAACAAGAAAAGACCAAAAAGUGUUAACCAAAAUAGGACUUUCCUAUUGUAUUCUUUAUAUAUAUUUACUUUUGUUUGUAAAUGGUAUUUUUUCUAUAUUGUUCAUCCACUUUGUAAUAUGAUUGUGAAGAUAGGUAGACUAGAAAAAUGGCGUGAGAGGAAAUUACACAACCACCAAAGACUGUAAUUUGUAUUUAAGAGGAGGUGAAUAAAGUUUGAGGAAUGCUCGAAA